AUGGUGGAUCCAAUCAUUCCUGAUUCGUUUAUUAGGAAUCACUUAAAGGGUAAAAUCCAGUCUACGAAACUGAAACUGACCUCUGACGCUACGAACAGAGCAUGGGAAGUGGAACUGGACGGUCAGAGAUUCGCCGACGGGUGGAAAAACUUCUCCGUCCACCACUGUGUUCGUAACGACGACGUUUUGAGUUUCAGGCACGACGGCGACAUGGUCUUCCACGUUACACCCUUCGGACGCAGGUUCUCUCAUCAGAUACAGUCCAUCUCUUCUACCUCUGACGAUGAAAAUGAUGAUCUUGAUGACGAUGACGACGACCACCACCACAAUGCCGAUGUUGGAGAUGAUGAUGACGUUUGGACAUCGGAAGAGGAGGAUAUACAUCCGAAGAGAACUUCGACGAAGAAGAGAGCAAGAACAGUAACAGAGUCUUCAUCAGAUGAAUCUUAUUUUGUUGCGCACGUCACAGCUUCAAACCUAACCCGAAAUCAUCUGGGUCUUGUAAGCAAAUUUGCGAGCUCAAAUGGUCUGAAAGGCAGACAGUGUGAGAUUGACCUAAUCAAUGAAGAUGGCAAAUCUUGGAAUCUGGAUCUUAGACACAACAAAACAACUGGUCAGGCUUAUAUCUCCGGUCGCUGGAAUCUUUUCUGCAAAGAAAAUGAGAUCAAAGCCGGAUCUUCCUGUAGGUUUAAGUUUGUCCAAACCGGAACAAAACCUGCCCUACAGUUGUGUCCCUCACAAGGAAGCUCUUCCAAAUCAAACAGAAAGCGGAAUGAUCCUGAAAGUGAAGGUGAUGAUGAGAUUGAAACUGAUCAGGAUCCCUCAGAGACUGGUUUAACGAAUCAGAACAAGAUUCUGACGUUCGAACUUAAACCUCACAUGCUCAGGACAGGUCAACUUCGUCUUCCUGCAUUGUUCACGAGAGAGAACGGGAUCAAGGAAGCUGGAGAGAUCACUGUAGUGAACAACGACGGCGUAGAGUGGAAGUUACAUCUAGUUAACAUCAAGGGACGCGGACAGUUUUACAUAAGAAGUAUGAAAGGUUGCUUUUUAGCCAAUGGGGUAAAGAAAGUUGGUGAUUCCUUCAAAUUGGAGCUUAUUCGAGGAGGAACUAGUCCUAUUCUCAAGAUCUGCUCCCAGAUAAAGGAAGCAGGAACACCAGUUGUUGGUUAUAAGACUCCCGAGACGAGUGUCCGACAGACGAUUCAAGCAUUACGUGCUGAAGAAGGAACAGAGACUCGGGUCCAAAAGAGAGGUCGAGUUUCUGCAGAAGGAGGAGGAGGAUCAUGUCCCCGCACGAAACCAUCAAACGAUACUGUUGCUAAUCAAGGAAACUUGCCAGGCAAGCAACCGAUUCAACCUUGCUCAAUUUCUGAUCAAGUGACAAAGGUGAAAGAGUGUAUUGUGGAGACUUUAACCGAUGUAAGACGGUUCCGGUCGGAGCUCAAGAUUAAGGAACAUAAUUUAGAAGCCUCGCUGCUUGAAAUUGAUGCGCUAGGUAUGAUCUGA